UUGAGAGCAGAGACAGGAAAGGGAAUGAUCAGGACAAGCAGUGCCAAAAUAGUUCACUAAUACUUAAUGUCUCGUUCUGGUAGGGACUUUUUUUGUUUGUUUUGUUCUUGGUCCUUUCUGAAGAGGGUGAUGAUGGGAGGGGUUACUGAAAAACUCGCUCAGUCCAGCAUCAGAGCUGAGUAUAUGUUAAAUCCCACUGUUCACCUUUCUGGAUCACACUGCAAGAGCUUUCUUCUCGGACGUCCCGGACUGAGACUGCUGUCACUGAAGAUGGAGGCUGAAAAGGGAACAUUAGAGGCAGGUACCAAAGAGCAGGCCGAUACCACGGGUCGACUGACAGCCGAACAGCUGGCCACUAUAGAGGACGAGGAGAUCCUCAAUAACAUGCUAGAUAAGGCUGUGGAUUUCGAGGAGAGGAAAAUGAUCCGGGCUGCCAUGAGAGAACUGCUCAAGAGGAAGAGGGAACAGCGUGAUCGUGAGCGGGCAGCCCGAAUGGAGAACCUGCGUCAGGGCACUGGAGGAAAGACAUCUGCUGGCCUCAGUAAGGAUCAGAAAGCCUCUAAUGGCCCCGGCGGUGCUCAAUACAACGCACACAGAACAGCUCAGGCAAAAACACUUUCACCACCAACCUCAGUUUCCUCUCCGAAAACGGUGAGCAGCUCGGCUCAGUCACAUGUGGCCAGGGUUAAAUUGUCUGGCGGUUCGGCAGUCGGAGGCCCAAACACCAAAGAUGUCAAACAGAUGCUGCUGGACUGGUGCCGUGUGAAGACUGAGCCAUAUGAGGGUGUGAACAUCCAGAAUUUCUCCUCUAGCUGGGCUGACGGUCUGGCCUUUUGUGCCCUGGUGCACAGGUUCUUUCCAGAGGGCUUUGAAUAUUGUACUCUUGACCCCUACGAUCGCAAAGCCAACUUUGAGAAGGCAUUCCAGACUGCAGAGAGACUAGCCGACUGUCCUCCCCUGCUGGACGUUGAUGACCUGAUGCGGAUGCGAGAGCCGGACUGGAAGUGUGUUUACACGUAUAUCCAGGAGUUUUACCGCUGCCUAGUAGAGAAAGGCCUUGUCAAGACAAAAAAGAAGAUGCCAUAGAAACACAAUACUCCCACACUGUGAGCGUUUUCACUGACCAAAAAACUACAACAGGCACACAAUACUGCAUUCAUGUGACCUGAAGCUUUGCCAAAGACCAGAGAGUCUAUUAUGUUCUUAUGCUCGUCUCUGUUUCAUAUCAGCACAUGCAGUGGAUGAGGAUUAUAACCUGUAUGUUUGGCACUAGGGUACGGCUGGGGCUCUGAAACUGCACAUUCCAGCAAGAUUACACAUGCAUUAAUCUCAGUUUGUGCUCAGAGAUUGUGUGAAUGUGUGUGUGUGUGUGUGCGAAUGUCUUUUUAUGGUACUGCAACUCCCCAUUUUGAAUGUGCUCCAGCAGAGAGACAUCAGGCUUAUAAGGGCAUAAGAUCUAAUGCUGAAUUAUGCUCAUCCCUGAUUUAUCGUUUGUUUAAAAAUACAGACGGGCACUUUUACUGUUAUGUAAAGGAGUUCAGAAAAGAAAACAACAUUUAAAAAGGGCUACAUUUACAUUUCAGAAGUGUGUUUUAUUAGCGACGCCGGUGGCUCUUAAGUGAACUACAGCAAGAUUUUUUUUUCCAUGAUUAAUUGCAGACUCGACAUGAUCCAAUGCCUCAAUAUUCUGAAGAUAUAUACUGCUUACAAUAAUUAGGAAACCAUUUAUAUACAAAUGAGUGAGCGCAUAAACCUUGUU